GGUCAUGGGAGUGUACCUGCUCAUGCUGAACAUGUCGCGCGCUGUCAGGGGAUGCGCUCCCACAUCCUCUGGAAAUUACACAUAUGAUUUUAUGUGAUGUCCGGACGAAAUAAAAGAAAAAAGAAAAAAAAAUCGGGAAAAACAAGUUCGGCUCAGCUGCGAAUAAUUGAAUGCGAUGAAGAAUUUGGUCUUGAUGGCGAAGUGCAUCUAAACUAUGGACGGUUGUGAUGAUACUCUGUGUCGCCUGCGGUGUGUUUAAGGCGCCAGGGCGAGGCAUCAUGCGAUCUACCUGAGCGUGAUUGUUCCACCUGGAUGUCACAGGAUGCCGGUGCAGGCAGCUCAAUGGACUGAGUUUCUAUCCUGCCCCAUCUGCUACAAUGAGUUUGACGCCUGCAGCCACAAGCCCAUCAGCCUGGGCUGCUCGCACACCGUCUGCAAGACCUGCCUGCACAAACUGCACCGCAAGGCCUGUCCUUUUGACCAGACGGUCAUUAGCACUGACAUUGAUGUGCUGCCUGUCAACUGUGCCCUCCUGCAGCUGGUGGGGGCGCCGGUUCCGGAGAGAGAGAUUGUGAGUGUGGGCAGUGUUGAAGACACAAGACAUUAUGAAGUGUGCAGGAUCUGUGUGGAGGAGCUGGCGCUGUAUCUCAAACCAAUCAGUGGAGGAAAAGGUGUAGUGAGCCUCAGUCAGAGCACGCUCAGUAGACCCAUGCAGAGGAAGCUGGUGACCCUGGUGAACUGCCAGCUGGUCGAGGAGGAGGGGCGUAUGAGGGCGGUCCGGGCGUGCAGAUCUCUGGGUGAGCGCACCGUCACUGAACUGAUCCUGCAGCACCAGAACUCCCAGCAGCUCUCCGCCAACCUAUGGGCCGCUGUGCGGGCCCGCGGCUGUCAGUUUCUAGGACCUGCCAUGCAGGAAGACGCUCUGAAGCUGCUGCUGCUGGCGCUGGAGGAUGGCUCGGCUCUCUCGCGGAAGGUUCUGGUGCUGUUUGUGGUGCAGAAACUGGAAGUGCGCUUCCCUCAGGCGUCUAAGACCAGCAUCGGUCAUGUAGUUCAGCUGCUGUACCGCGCCUCCUGCUUUAAGGUGACCAAACGUGAUGAAGACUCCUCCCUCAUGCAGCUCAAGGAGGAGUUUCGCACUUACGAAGCCCUGCGCCGUGAACACGACGCUCAGAUCGUUCACAUCGCAGUGGAAGCGGGGCUGCGCAUCUCACCGGAGCAGUGGUCAUCUCUGCUGUACGGGGAUCUCAUGCACAAAUCUCACAUGCAGUCAAUCAUAGACAAGCUUCAAUCCCCAGAAUCCUUUGCAAAGAGCGUGCAGGAGCUCACCAUAAUCCUGCAGAGAACAGGAGACCCAGCCAACCUCAACAGCCUCAGAGCUCCUCUCGAGCGGCUGGCUGGCAUCGACCACAACCCUGAUGCGGCCGCUCCGUCCUGGACAGAGCUGGAGAGCGUGUUAUUGGCUGUGAAGGUUGUUGUCCACGGUCUGGUGGAAUUCAUCCAAAACUUCAGCAAAAAGAGCAAUGAAAGCCCUCAGGCUCAGCCCAACAGCAAGUACAAGACGAGUAUGUGCAGGGACUUACGGCAGCAGGGCGGCUGUCCGAGAGGGGCCAGCUGCACCUUUGCCCACACGCAGGAGGAGCUGGAGAAACACAGAAUGAGGAAUAGGAAAGCCAGUGGGGCGGUGAGACCCUUCCCGUCAGUUCCAGUGAUUCUGCCUAAAACCGGCACCAAAGGAGCAGUCCCGGGGUCAGAGGGGAAGAACCAUGAGAAAGACGCCCAAGAGGACGUGUCUCCCACUCAGCUCAUUCCUAGAGGAGGAGACCACCAGGAGGACAGAACGCUCCCCAGUAGUGCGAACGGACUGCCUGCUGCCAGCCUAGAACAAAAUCCCAUCAGUCAGAGCCAGUCGCCUGUGAUGGCUUCGGGGGAGUGUACAGAGGACGACUGUGGUCUCCUCAAACACGGGCCUGUCCUCACGAGAGCUCCUCCUAAGAUGUUCUACUCUCAGGACCAGAGACCAUAUGACCUGUCACCCUACCACCAACCUGCCAUUUCUCCUCACAAGUCAUGCAACGCUCGCUUCCAUCGUUCCAGCAACGUCCCUGAGUCCAUGUUACCCCCGUCAUUGGGCCCUCUGUACCCUGUUCCUCCUGCAGACAGAUUAGGCCCUGGCCCGUACGGCCCACCCUCGACCUACGCCUCUGUGUCCCAUGCACACAGCAUGUACACCCCGGUCUACGACAGCCGGCGCGUGUGGAGGCCGCCGCUGUAUCCCAGGGAUGGUGGGAGGAGUAACUCUCUCCCUCCAGAGGUUUUCCAUUCCACCGUCUACCAGCCGCCCCUCCGAGAGCGCUUCAACUCGCUGGACAGCCCCUACUGCAGCACCGCGGAGCAGAGAGCGCCAAUGCACAGGGAUGCGUACACCCGUGUUCCUCUCGGCUACGAGGAACUCUGUCGCCACAAACAGGAACAGUGGGUACAUCACCACAGCAACAUGAACAGGCCCUCCCAAUCCUCGCCGGUCUUCACUGUGGAUGUGUGUCCAGAGCAUCCUGAGGGUGUAGGUGGUGGGCGUAUGACUUGUAAGUGUCAUGGUGGAGAAGAGAGUCUUGCCCACUACUCGCCCUGGUCGUGCAGCACCAUCAGCCCAUAUGAGUCAGAGCCCCACCAUUUGUCAACCCACUCCUGCUCCAAACAGCUAGACGAGGAGAGUGGCAGCAAACAGUGGCUGCACAUGUUCGAGCCCUACAGGCGACUGAAAGACGAAGAUCCCAUCAUUCCUUUUGGAGAGGGGCCCAUCAUCUCUAAAUGGGGAGCCAUCUCUCGGGCUUCCCGCACUGGUUUUCACACCACUGACCCGGUCCAAGCUACUGCAUCGCAGGGGUGCGCCGGCACCACAUCAAUCAACUUCAGAGACUAUAGAUCUCAUAUUGGUCACCGUGACCUCAGAUGGGGCCCACGUGGAUCUGAUUCUUCUAGUCACUCCAGCUUUCUAGAAAGCGAUCAGCUGGGAAUGUCAGGGCUGCAUGUAAGGCAUGAUUCCUUAUGCAGGGGGUCAAAGCAGGGCAAAGAUUUGCUGGGUAAGGAUGGGACGGAGAGUGAUCCUGACAGAGACAUCGAGCUGGAGCUGUCCGCUCUGCACAUGGAGGACACAGAGACACAGGACUGCAACUCUGAGGACUCUAUGGAAACGCAAAGCCGGUCCAAGAACAGCCGCCUCUCUACAGUCUUCUGUAAUCCAGUGGCAAGUUCUCAUUUGGAAAACAACCUGCCUGACAGAAUGGACACCCACCUUAUGAAGAAGAUAAGAAAGACCCUCUCCCCUGGAGACCUCAGUAUGGGACAGAUGUCAAUGAGGACAUGCUUGCCCAGGCCUGGAGAACCUCCGCGACCCAGUCCAGGACAUGAGAUGCUGCUAAACGGUAACUGAGGUGGGCUGAAAACACCAGUCCUCCUCAUGUUCUAAUUCCAUGGGGUCAUGCCAAGAAUCCACCAUCCUCCUUAGGUAGAAGGUAGAGUUGUCCUUAUAGGAGUCAAUCGAGGCAGCGAGACGCAGCCGAAAGCCUUCUGUAUUCAUGUGUUCUCUUCAUAAGAGCUAGCUAUGCCCUGUAAUUGUAAUCACUCAUCAUCUGUUCAGAGUCUGUUUGUUUUUCUUAAUCACUGCUUGUGGAUGAAUGUUCACGUUGAGUCACAACUCCACCUCAGGUAACUUUCGAUGUCAGCCAAUCAGAACUCUCUCCAAGCCAGGAAACCAAUUACCCAAGUCCCGUAACGCUGUACAGAAGAAACGGUUCUCGCUAGCUUUUAGCACACUGAGGAAACCACACUCUACAGUAUGAUCAUUAUAUAGCAGACUCUUCCAAUAUAUAUAUUUAUAUAUAUUAAGGAUAACCAAGGUGCUUGGAAUCUAUAGUACAUGCAUUAUUAUUAUUAUUAUUAUUACAGUGUUAGCCACUGAAAUGUUAUGUGCAUUUAUUAUUUGUUGGGCAUCAUUGUUUGAAAAAGCCAUUCAUUGAUCAUUGUUUAAAUGUAUGUGUGUGGAUUAUGGUAUAAUGUCUGGUAUCUCUAAGAGACAUUUCACAGGAAAUCAAUAUUUUGUAGAAAUAUUCAAAAGAAACAAUUCACCCAAAAAUGUAAGUUCUGUUGAGUCUGAGUCUAGACAGAGAUCAGAAGAGGGUUGAGUCUGAGUCUAUACAGAGACCAGAAGAGGGUUGAGUCUGAGUC